GGGCUCCAGCUCCCUCUCACAGCUCAUUCUCUUCCCUUCCCCAGGAAUGCCAAGGCCUGAGGAACUUUUUCUCACUCCAUGUGAUCCUCUGGGCUCUGCAGGGCCCCUCCAUUCAGCAUUUAAAAGAGACAUGGAGAUGGGUGUCCAGGAAGAACUGGACAAAACUUAAAAAGUUGAUGAAAACUAGCCAGCGGGAGAGCAGGAAGCUGCUCAAGGAGGACGUGACCUCUGUGUGGGCCACCUUAGAGAUGGAUCCCCAGGGAGCCCAGGAGAGACAGCAGCAGCAGGGUGUCGUCCCCUUCCUGGGCACGUUCCUCUAUCACCUGAAGCUGCUGGACAUUGGGAUGGAGGAUGAUCUGGAAGUGAGUGAGCCUGGAGGUGGGGCCAGGGAGAAGUAUCCUGAGGUUUGGGAGGCGAUAGCCCUGCACUGGGCCCUGAGCUCUCAGUACCUGACAAACCUUCUCUCAUGAGAGCCCCAUGGCCACCCCUGGGAGCUGGAGAGUCAGGCCCAUCUUAGCAAUGCAUGAAUAGACGGCCCACGUAAGCCCCCCACCAGGCUCCCUGGGCUGGUGAAGCUCAGAGCUGCCUGUCUG